AUGAUUAUUAACUGCUUUGUUGAUAACGUGUUUAUUUUAGUCCCAACGAAAGAGCAAGAACGAGAAACGACCGAAGAGGAGGAACGCGGCGACUGUAAAACGCACCAGAAAGCGCACGGCGUGAGAGAUCACGUGUGCUUCGAGUGCGGGAAGCGCUUCAUCACGGCCGGCCACCUGAGGCAGCACCGGAGGAUACACACCGGGGAGAAGCCGUACAAGUGCUCGCACUGCGACAAGAGCUUCAAUCAGUCCGGAACCCUGAAGUCACACGAGCGCAUUCACACCGGAGAGAAGCCGCACCGCUGCGCUCGGUGCGGGAAGAGUUUCAAGUGUAAAACCGGUCUGGGCCGCCACCUGCUCGUCCACUCCGGAGCCAAGCCCUUCGCCUGCGCUCACUGCGGCGCGCGCUUCAAGUCGUCCUCCAAUUUGGACAAGCACGUGAAGAUCCACCGGAACGCGAGACCGUACGCGUGCGCGCUCUGCGAGAAGCGCUUCGCCCGGCCGGAUCACCGCAAGCGGCACCAGAAGAUACACGCCGGCGGGAAGGAGCACGUGUGCCGCGAGUGCGGGAAGAGCUUCACCCGAUCGGACACCCUGCGGCAGCACCGGAGGUUUCACACGGGAGAAAGGCCUCACGGGUGCUCGUACUGCGGCCGGGGUUUCGCCCUGCUGGGGUCCCUGAAGGCGCACGAGCAGAUCCACACCGGAGAGAAGCCGUACUACUGCCCUCCCUGUGAGAAGAGCUUCAAGCAUCUCAAAAGCCUGGAAAACCACAUGAAGAAAUGCCACGCGGCCUCACAGUGA